AUGGACUAUCACAACGUUCUGUGUCUUACACUGAUUUUUCAUGCCGCUUUAGUCUGGAGUAAUGGUGAAGACGGUCUUACCUGCCCAGAACACCAGCAGGCUCUUGAGAGCUAUUGCUAUGAAUUUGUGGGUCUGCAGCGUAGUUUUCUCAGCGCUCAAGCUUGGUGUGAGAGAGGCGGCGGGCACCUGGCCUUCAUCCAGAAUGACGAGACCCAGCAAUUUCUCCAGAAACACCUGCAGACAGAACAAAGCUGGUGGAUCGGACUAGCGCCUUCUUCUGUCAAUCUCACUUUGGAUCCUGCGGCCACAGACGUUCUCUUAUCCUGGCUGGAUGGCUCGGAUGUCAGUUUUUCCAGCUGGCUCAGAGAGCCUGCACAGAACGCAAGCUGUGGAUACAUUAUGAGAGAUUCUGGGUUUCAGUGGGAGACCACCAGUAACUGCAGCCAGGAGCUUUAUUUUAUCUGCGAAUUUGAGUCUGGGCGUUCAUUAGCCUGCGCUGAUCAUAACGCUACACUUCAAUGUGGCUCUGGUCAAGUGAUAGAGAUUGACGACAGUUUCUACGGCAGGAAAACGCUGCAUUACUGCAGGAGCAGUCGCAGUCCGACUCAUGCAUCUCCACAGCAGGAGGAGUGCAGCUGGGUGGACAUUGUAGAUACCGUCUCAGGGAACUGCCACGGGCUGCAGGUGUGCCAGGCUGCUGUUGAUAUCUCAUCCUUUGGAGAGCCGUGUCCGACUUUUGGAAGCUAUUUGUCAGUGGAAUAUCAUUGCAAAAACGCUCUUCAUCUGUUGAUGAGCAAACUGGCAGCAGUUUUUGACAACGUCACGAUUACAGUGAAGUGGCUGUUACACCCCUUUCAAGGCAACCUCACGUGCACAUUGAGCGCAGGUGAUGGGCACGUUAUCGAGAAUUACAGUCCAGAUAAGAUGGAGAAUGUGGUCCAUAAGUACAACCGUGCUGGACUGUACACGGUCACGGUCGAGUGUAGUACCAGUGAAUGGCACGUGGCCGCCCAGAAGAGCAUCCUUAUCCAGGAACCACUUGGAGAGUUUGGGACCGUGCGGUGCUACAGCCUGAAUCAAUCCACAGACCAUUCAAACUGCAGAGCGCUUUAUAAUAACCCACUGAACAUUGAAGUGCAGUUAGAUGCAGGAACAAACGUCACCUACAAAAUUCAACAUGGACACACGAAGCUGAAUUCCUCUUCUGCUCUCAAUGGGCUUUUGCGUCACAACAUAAGCUUAUCUCCAGAAGUCCAGCUCCAGAUGGGACCAGGCUGCCACCAGCUCACCAUAGCGGCUCUCAAUGAGGUCACGCGCACAGAUCGAUCCGCCAGCCUGAAUGUGUGCUUGAUGGAGCCGGUGGAGGAUCUCUGGGCAGAAGUGGAAUUCAAGCCUGAAAAGUGUCCGGCUUAUGACCUGCAUGUCAACGUUUCUCUGGCUCGGGGUGCUCCAGUGCUGCUGCAUUUCCUGGUGUCUGGAACCAAUCCCACCUUUUCAGAGAAGCAUGAGAUGCAAUACGGAGGUCCACAGACUUUCCGUAUCUCAAACACAGUACCAGGCGCAUUCAAUGUUGCGAUCAGAGCAGCAAAUAACUUCUCGGUUAUGGAAACAGAUGCUGGAAACGUAACAGUUUAUUGCCACAAUGAAACGAAUCUGAAGAUCAUUGCUGAUCCAGAGGUUCCAGUCAUUGGCUCUAGUAGUGUGAAGUUAUAUGUGAAUGGAUUCGAUGAUGAAAACACUAUCUGGACAUGUAACGAGACUUGUCCCUGUACCACUGAAGUGAAAGGCAGCACAUAUGAGAUACCUGAAUCAUGUCUGCCACCUGUCUACAGUUUCUCACUAUAUACUGUAUUUACCAAAUCAAAUGGUUACCAACAAAGUGCAACUAGAUGCAUCACCGUCGUUCCUGGGAACGAUAUACAGCUACAUAUAAACUGCUCCGACUGCAAUCCAGUCAAUAUUGCAGACGCUGUUACACUGCAGGUGGAAUGUGAAGACUGUCAAAAGGUUGUGUGGUACUUUGAGAGCACAGAGGAUUUUACUGGUUUGCUAAGGGACUGUCACUCAGAGGCAGUGCAAAGACCGUUGAUAAAGCAGGCAGAGGAUGUUACCUCUCUAACUAUAGACAGCGAAGUUCUGCAGAAAGCAAACCAUGAUAUCACAGUGGUGGUUUAUGCUGUCAAAGACAACUUAUCUGGAUCUGCUAAAUACAUUGUUCCAGUUACCAGUACAUCCAUUAGUGAGACGGAUUCUCUUCCACAGACUCCAUCCAUCUUAAAUCCGCCCUCUUGUACCAUUAGCCCUGUAAUGGGUGAUGUUCUCUCACCCUUUAAUAUCACCUGUCCUGUGGAUCCAUCUUUCUGUGAAGCUGGGCCCUGUACAUACUGCUUUAAAACAGACCGAGGAAACUUUUUCUACUGUGGUGUCGAGCAUGCGGUAGAGUCGCUUUAUCUUCCUCUAGGGGAUGAACGUAAUAACUACAUCCUGACAGUGGAAAUCACUGUUACAAAUGCUGCAGGUGUUGCUGUCAACUCUACUGUAACUACAUGGGUGAAUAAUACUGUUAAGCCCACUAUUGAAGAUCUUCAGGUGCUUGUUUCCAGCCAGGUAUCUCAGCUGCAGCAGCAGGGUCGACUCACAGGUGCAGCGCUGGCACAAAUGUUCACGUCUGUAUCGAACAGACUGAACGAUGCGUUGCCUGUCCAACAAGAUAAAAGUUUCAAAAAAGAGCUGAGACAACAAAUGUUGCAAAGCAUGAGUGUUGCCAUAAGCAUGGAACCCCCCAAGAACCCAGCAGAGGUUCAGAUGAGUGCUGAUGCUGUCGUAGGCCUCACAACACAAGGAGACGAGUUAACAGACACUGCUCAGUUACAGGCUAGUUCGGUUCUAACAAACCUCAGUCAGUCUCUGGUCUAUCUGAGCCAUUCUGCUGAGGAAUUCUCUGAGCAGGUGCUACAAGCCGCCACGCCGAUUAUUGAUGGUGUCAGUAACAUCCUUAAAGUUUUUUCCAGCAGAGAUGAGCAGAGUGAGAUCUCCGGUCAUUUAUUGAACACGGUGGGCAAUGUUCAGAGUGCCUUGCUGGCUGGGAAAGAGGUCAACCAGGAGCCCACCAUUCUGAGCACUUCAGUGAUGGGUUUAUAUGUCAACAGAUUGUCCGUAGAUGGACUUCAGAAACAAUCUUUUAACAUUGAGAACAGAAACUCCGCCAGUUUUAUGCUCCCAUCUCUAGGUGCUAAUGUUCUAUCUGCAGAAGAACCGGUAGAUGUUCGGAUGACGAGUUAUAAGAUAAAUCCGUUCUCCUGGUGUGAGAGCGAGCAGAUCAGUGGAUCCGUGGGGUCUCUCUCUCUUACGAAAAAGAACGGUUCUGUGAUUCCGGUGGCAAACCUCACUGAGGAGAUUGAGAUUCUUUUACCAAGAACAGAGAUGGAGAAUGUUAACCAAACUCUUCUAGAUCUGGGAAACUACAGCACUGUGGUCAUCAAUGUGACCACACCGAAUAUAUCUCUGGUUUUGAGGUUUGAACCUUCAGAGGACACAUCUCUGCACCUGCUCCUGGGUUUUCAGGAUUACCCAAACGACACGAAUUAUGAUGCUCAGACUCAGCUGCCUCGAGAUGGGAAAUCUGAAGAGGAGAGGUACACGUGGGUGAUUAACCCUACGGAAAUGCCCAUAGAAGUGGGUGUUUACUACCUACUAGUGAGGCCUGUAGUUGACGCAGGGGUGAAUUUCACAAAAGCCUCAGUUUUCGUCACAACCAUUGCUGCUCAAUGUUUGUACUGGGAUGAGAUGAACGGCAACUGGAGUCGUGAUGGCUGUAGGGUUGGUCCUCGUACUACAGCAUCGAUUACUCAGUGCCUGUGCACCCAUCUGACAUUUUUUGGAAGCUCAUUCUUCGUCAUGCCCAACGUGGUCGAUGUGUCUCGCACGGCUGAACUCUUUGCCAACUUUGUAAACAACCCAGUGGUGGUGUGUUUCGUCGGAGCCAUCUUUCUGGUGUACCUGGUUGUCGUGGUGUGGGCACGGAGGAAGGACAUUGAGGAUGUUGUGAAGGUGAAAGUCACAGUACUUGAAGACAAUGACCCCUUGGCUGAAUAUCGUUACCUGUUAAGCAUCAACACGGGGCAUCGCCGUGGAGCCUCCACUUCCUCUCAGGUGACAGUGAUUCUGCAGGGUGCAGAAGGUGAAAGCGAAGCUCAUCAUUUGACUGAUCCUGAUAAGCCAGUGUUUGAAAGAGGAGGGCUGGAUAUGUUCUUGUUGACCACACCGUACUCACUGGGAGAACUUCAGAGCAUCAGACUGUGGCACGACAACUCAGGGGAUUAUCCUGCUUGGUAUGUGAAUAAGGUCAUGGUACAGGACCUGGAGACUGGACAGAAGUGGCACUUUCUGUGCAACUCGUGGUUGGCUAUUGACAUGGGAGAGGGCACGCUGGAUAAAGUGUUUCCUGUAGCGACAGAGAUGGACUUGAAAAGGUUCAGCAAUCUGUUCUUCAUGAAGACCGCAAAAGACUUCCGUGAUGGUCACAUCUGGUUCUCCGUGAUCAGUCGUCCACCGAGCAGUAACUUCACCAGAGUGCAGCGUGUCUCCUGCUGUUUCUCACUGCUGCUCUGUACAAUGUUGACCAGUAUCAUGUUCUGGGGCAUCCCAACAGACCCCUCCGAGCAGACCAUGGAUCUGGGUCAGAUUGAGUUCACCUGGCAGCAGGUCAUGAUUGGCAUCCAGAGUUCAAUCAUCAUGUUUCCCAUCAACCUCCUCAUCGUGAGCAUCUUCAGAAACGCUCGUUCAAGAGAGCGAACGACAGAACUGCCUUCGAAGCAACAGUCAAAGAUAGAUCCGACAAAGCAGGGUAAAACUGGACGUGUGUCUCCGAAUCAGCCACCCUCUCCAGACAAUAAUCACAAGGAGAUCACUCCAGACACUGUAAUAAAGGACAUUAAACGGAUCGCACAGUCCCUCCAUAAGGUCAUGAGAAGACCCGUUCCAAAGAUAGAAGUGGACCCUGGUAAAACAGAUAUCAACACUCUAUUGUCACUGGUUGAAGAGACAAUACGUCAACACAAUCGAGUCGGUAAUGAGUUUUACACCGACUCUUCUAAAAAGGAGCAAACGCUUGCUGUUUCUCUGAGAUAUGUAAAUCUGCAAGAGACCAGUUUUUGUGAGAGCCCCGAGCGAAGUGAAAAAUGCAUCAUCUACAACCAAUAUCUCUACAAACAACUACAAAAUGUGGAGAGAGAAUUGAGACUGCUCAGGCCUUCAUCUUUCUCUAAGCCGGACAGCUACAGCCGGGCUGUAUUGCAGGUGCAGGGCAUGAAGAACUUACUUGAACCUCACGUCUCCUGUUCCGGUGGUCAGCACACUCGCAGCUCCAGCCCAACAGAGGGCAGCGGUGCAGACAACAAAAAGUGCUGUCAGAAAGGCUUGCCCUGGUGGUUUGUGUUUGUGGGUUGGUUUCUCGUGGCGGCCACCAGCGGCGUUUCAGCGUAUUUCACUAUGAUGUAUGGCCUGACCUAUGGGAAGGAGCGAUCCAUCGGCUGGCUCGUUUCUAUGGUGGUGUCUUUCUUUGAAAGCCUCUUCAUCACGCAGCCUUUAAAAGUACUUGGAUUUGCUGUCUUUUUUGCUUUGGUCCUCAAAAAUGUUGACCAAGAAGAGUAUGGAGACAUUGCCAUUGAUGGAGCUUUGCCCAGCACAGAUGAUCCUGAUGCAGUCAGAAUAGCCCGGAGAAACAGUACAUGUAGUUUCUAUCAGCCUCCUCCACCCACUGACAUCGAAAAGAUGAGAAACAACAUGAUCAAAGAACAGAAAGUUUUCGCUCUCAUCAGAGAAAUUCUAAUUUAUGUCGGCUUCCUGUGGAUGCUCCUCUUGGUGGCGUACGGUCAGCGAGAUCCAAACGCGUACUAUCUCACUCAGCACAUUCGGCAGAGCUUCAGCAAUGGCAUUUCAGAGAGUAUGGAGCAGAAAGAUAUAUUCAACUGGGUGAAAACAUCCUUACUGAAUAAUCUGUUUGGCCAAUAUCCAGGCUUCAUUACGGAUGGAAACUCAAAACUUGUUGGCAACGCUCGUCUCCGUCAGGUCAGGGUGAGGAAAGACUCUUGUAAGACUGCUAAGCCGAUGCAGCACUCCGGUGUUGACUGCAACGGGCCAUAUUCUUGGGAUUCAGAGGACAUGGGCUCCUACGCUCCAGGCUGGAUCCAGUGGAAUGUGAAUGAUUCAAAGACUCUUUUCAAACCUUGGCGUUAUCAAAGUCAAGCCAAACUCAGAUCAAACCCAGUUUGGGGGAGCGUGGCCCUUUAUAAGGGUGGAGGAUUUGUGGUGGACCUGGGCUCUGAUCAGCAGAACGCAAGCAGACUCCUUCAGUAUCUUUAUAACAACUCUUGGCUGGACGUGUAUACGCGGGCCGUGUUUGUGGAGUUCACCGUAUACAACGCAAAUGUAAACCUCUUCUGCAUUGUGACUCUCAUGUUCGAAACCACAGGAGUGGGUGCGUUCCAAGAUCGAAGUGAGGUACAGAGUGUCCAUCUCUACCAGUCUACGGGUGGCUUUCAUGUGUUUAUAAUGGCAUCGGAGGCCAUCUAUUUCCUCUUCAUCCUUUACUACAUGUUUGUGCAGGGAAAACUUAUGAGACAGCAGAAAUGGGCGUUUUUCAGAAGCAAGUGGAAUCUUUUAGAGUUGGCCAUCAUUAUUUUAAGUUGGAGUGCAUUGUCCGUUUUUGUCAAGAGGACGAUAUUGGGUAACCGGGACAUUGAGUACUACCAAAAUAACAAAGACUUGUUUGUGAGUUUUUCAGAGACCGCCGCAGCAGAUGCUGUGUUGGGCUAUCUGAUAGCCUUCUUGGUUCUGCUCGCAACCAUCAAGCUGUGGCAUUUGCUCAGACUCAACCCCAAACUCCACAUGAUCACCUCCACACUGCAACGGGCAUGGGCCGAUAUCUCCGGCUUCAUUGUAGUCAUGACCAUCAUGUUUCUGGCCUAUUCCAUUGCUUGUGAUUUAAUCUACGGAUGGAGGCUCUACUCGUACAGAUCACUGCUACAGGCUGGCCAAACCAUUAUACGCCUACAGCUGGGGAUCUUCAACUAUGAUGAGGUUUUGGAUUACAAUCCAAUUCUGGGUGCUUUCCUGAUCGGAUCCUGCAUUAUCUUCAUGACGUUUGUAGUUCUGAAUCUCUUCAUAUCUGUCAUCUUGGUGGCGUUCAGCGAAGAGCAGCUUCACCCCACACCCUCUGAAGAAGAGGAAAUUGUAGACCUGAUGCUGAUGAAGAUCUACAGUCUUUUUGGAAUCAAAUGCAAGAAAAAGCAAAUCGACAAUGAUGAUGCCUUGACCAAAGCUUCGGUUAUAUCAUAAAAAUGAUGCUCGUCUCUGUAACCAUGUGACAGUCAAUGCAAGCUUUCUUAAAUGCCUCUUGGUCAUUGUAUGCUUUUAAUUGUUUUUGUACAUAACUGCAGUUUAUAAGGCUUGCUAAUGCAUAGAGGCAAUUUAAUAUUAGAAGUGCUGGUCAAUGCUAAAAAUACAAAUAUUAAGCAUGAAAUAUACAACAUUGUCUGAAUGUUUUUAUGUCUUUCUACAACAUUGCGUUCCAUCUACACAUUUAUGCUUGAUUUGUGAAAGAACACAAACAGUGAUUGCAGAACACUGUCAUAUAGGCCUACUGUAAAAUUAUUCAGAUAGUUUAUUGGUUUUAAUUGAUAACCAAUUGUGUACAAGUAUUGACAAGGAUGAGCACCAUAGGUAAUGUCAAGCCCUGAAGCACAAAAACAUUACUGCUAUACACAUCACUAAGUCUUCCUAAUGCAGGACCUACCAGUCCAACCAUGGCAUUUAACUCAAUUCGUAACCUCGAGCAUUUCUAAUUUCUCUAUGAGCGUUUGUCAGAUCUCAGUCUCAAGUAGCCUACCUAAACCAGUCACCUAAUUUAAUUUACGCAAGGUUGCAUCCUUUGCUACACAGUAACAAGUACCUGAAUUUGAGAACAUACACCUUGUAACCUGUGGUGUAGUCCUAACAAAAAAAGUGGUGUACUAUACUAUACAACCAUAACCCCGACCUCAAAUGGCCAAAAGACGGGUCAGUGUGUUUGUUCGUUUUUCUAGUGACAUAUGACAAUUAUAUCAGUUAAAUGCAUCAUUUUGCACUUAUGCUUUUAAUAUGAAGUUAUAGAAUUGGAAAAAAAUAAGUUGUGGGAAAAGGUUGGAAAAAUAGGUCUAUGCCAGUACUGUUGACCACAAUACAAUAUUUUUACAAAGCAUCACAUCUUUUUAACACAUCACAUAUACAAGAUUACCUAAAAACAUACGCAAAAUUUUACAGAAUACAGAUGUAACUUUGUCAUCACUCCCAUCUCUGUGUCAAUACUUGUAAUUGAAGGGGAAGAUAUUAAUGUAUUAAGUAAACGUUGUGGUAAAAAACAGACUACAUUAUUUUAAAUGUAGAAUAAACGUAACGAGGAGAUUUAAAACGACUGUAAAGGGAAUGAGGAUACAGAGAAAAAUGUAAGGAUUCUGACUUGUGUGAUUUUAAACAGUAGGGCUAUGGAAGUGCUUUUUCUCAUUUAAUCGGGUGCCAUUUAAAGAAAGCUAGUAUUAAAAGUUGCGACAGAUAUCAAAGAUUCGCGAUGCACUGCAAUAUCAUGAAGAGCUAAAGCAGCGCAAGAGAACCCGUAAAUUCAGUGUCAAUCUAUCUCAAGCCGGAGGCCCGGAACAGAGAGUAGCCACUGCCGGUGAGCUCCCUUUAAACCAGCUUUGACUAAAAGUGAGCAGUUUUAUCGAUAUUACCUGACGGCUUCAGCGGAACUCUUUCAGUCACUGACAGGAAGAACUCCUCGAUGGCGCGUUACCAACACUGAAGAUGCGUCAAGCGCAUCGCUUGACGUGGUUGUCGGAGGCGGGGUCGCAAGACAUAUUGUGUAUUUUCUUAAGAAAUGCACCAAUUGUAUGAACGAAUUGUGAACCCGAUACAGUUAAAGGGAACGCAACCACAAAAGCAGCUUGGAGACGUUAGGGGCGAAAAUGCGAGCCGCUCUGCUAUAGCCCGAUUCACAUUACGCGGCAAGUUCGUUAUUUUAAAUGUCGGUCGCGAUGCGCAUGCGGUGUGACGCUGCCGUUUUUCUAGGUUUUAGACGCGAAAUGUGAAUCGCGGCAUUCUGAAAAGUUAAACUAUUUUCAUCUCGAUGCGGCGCCUGAAAAAAAGAGCGCGCACCGCGUCGCCCCUAUUUGUGCGCAUUUUUCUAGGCGCGUCGGCGCUGCAUUAAGGUGGAAAUAGUUCAACUUUUCGGAGUGCCGCGCGCGCACCGCGGGUCAUUCGAAGAGAGAAAGCGGCGCGCCUCGCGUUUUCCGAAGCGAAAUGUUAAUCGGGGCUUAAGCAGGAGAACAAGUGGGAAUCGCUAAUAUAGAUCUUUAUAAAUCUGUGGAAACAGUGAACACACUGCCCGGAAUACACCACUGCUUGUAACCCAGAUAACGUAAUAUCCAAAUAAAACAGGAUUUUUUUUAAUGCCGCGUCCGAUACGAGGUUUGAAGUGGGACUGUGAGUUUCCGACCUCAUAGUGUACCAGUCACUCACGUCACCUGUCACGCCACAAAAAAGAACUUACCACAAAACUUACGGAAAGACAUUUGUUUCCUAUUUUGUGUUGCGAAAUACUUGACAGUAUGUUUUUACAUUACAUAUAAACUGGCCCCGCGCUAAUUUCACUGAAUUCAGUGCCGUGCCCCGAGUUCAGAGGUCAAGUGUCCAACUUGGAGCGCUUUUCCAAACGUUAUUACAAAGUCGGAGAUGGGAAUAUCCGAGUUGUCUCGACCGCAGGCCUAAUACGUUUGACACAUAUGCCUCAGUGAAAACUUACAGCUACAAUCGGUAAAUUUCCUCUCUAUCGCCAUCUGUUUUAAAAAAAAGUUGCAGGUUACAUUAGACACUUCUUUAAGUAGGUGUAAGUCAAAUGACGUCACACUUACAUUCCUUGCAAACCCAGACCCACCAUCUCAACGUAUUAAACCUGGGGCAGUUUCCCGGUAAAUUAACUAGACAUAUACUGUAGGCCUUAGUUAAAUUAAGUUUACGGUUUUGAAUUGCUGUAAGAUAUGGAAACGUUUGCAACACUUAUUUUAUGUAGCCUGCUGAUAUUUAUUUUUACAAAAAAGUAAUGAAUUGCAGCUUUACGUACUAUGACAAAAAUGUUUACUUUAUCUUACAAUAUACACAAUAAUUUGACCAAAUAAUCGCUGCUUACGUGAGAUUGCGAAACUAUUGAUAGAGUUGUUGGCCCCGACAAUGGAAUUGCCUAAAAAUAAUGUUCAGACAAGGUGAUACAAGCACAAAAAAGAUUUAAAGCCAUUGUUUUUAAUGUUGUGUAUACUGGUGGUUCAUCCAUUCAUCAACCAAAUGCUUGAGACUGCCUGUAUUCAUGCUCCAACGAAUUAUUUAAAUGACUUCAGUGCUUGUUACAAUGUCUUUAUCCAAAUCGAACACCAAGUGCAUUUUCUUUUGGAGCCUAAAACAAUCAUUACAAUAAGCAAUCGAUUGCCACACACACUAUAACUGAAGCCCUCUCAACACCAACCCUUAUAGACGUCACCGCUCGGGUAACAAGGUUCCAAAUUCUUAAAUAGUUUUCAACUGAGUUAAAAAAAUUUGCAGUCUGAUACAGAAGGCUAAGAGACCUGAACAAUAUGAAAGUGCUAGUCAUUAAUUUACAGAGAUCAGGCAUCACAUAGUGCUAUGACAAGUAUCCAAUAUGCUACAUUUGAAUACACAUGUUGACACCUUACAAACGCCUCUGGCUGUCUGACCAGGCAACUUAAAAAUCAAGUGGCCUGGGCUAGUAUGUACAAUAUCAUGAGAUCUGAUUAUUUUUUUGUCAAUGAAGAAAAACGUUGACA